AUGAUUUCGAUAUUCUCGCCAUCUGCAGCUAAUUCAAAACCAAAUUACUAUGUAUAUCCGUAGAUAAUUAAUAUUAAUCAUUUUUUAAUAUAAUAUUUUAUAUAAUAUACAUAAAGAAAAUUAGUAAACAUUUAUCUUUUCGAUAUUAAGUUAUUGUAUAAUAAAAUCAGUCAUUAAUGUACUCAGACAUUAACCUUAAUUAUUUGAAAUUAAAAAUUGAGGAAAUAAAAGAAAUACAUUACUUUUUAUUAUUUAAUUAUUUUAUAUAUAUUUUUUGCAAGAAGAAAUAUUUCGUGUUGCUUGCACAAUUACUUGCUUCUUUUAUUUUAUAAUGAACUCUUUUAUCAUACAAAACUUUACUAAAUUAGUUUGUAGACCUUAUAAUAAAUGACAUAAUUAUAAAAAAAUUCCGACAACAUUUUUUAGUAGUAUAAAUUAUUAAAUCUUUGGCAAUAUUAUUAAAUCUUUUUUUUUUCUUUAAAUUGACAAUACAUGAAUAUGCGCCUUUAGGUUAGUAGGAGAGUCAGCGUUCAGCCAUUGCAACUCUACUCUAAAGACGCGUUAUACGCGAGUGAUCUCUACUUCGUUUAAUUAAUUAAUUAACGGAAUUAUUAUUUUUUCAUUCAGCAUUUUCUGAAGUAUCUGAUAAAACGGUGAUAAUCAUGAGUGACCGGCCAAGUAAUGGUGAAUACAAGUAUCAAAGGGAAGAAAUUGUCGAUUCGAAGCUAAACAUUGUCGUAAAGGACCGUGAUGAAAAGGAACAUCAAGUUGACAAAGCCGGAGAAUAUGUCCGGGAACUUUUACAAGAAAAAGUUGAAUUGGAUUCGCAAAAAUGGCCCAAUGCAACCAGACUAAUUGAUCAGGAAAUUCAAAAAACUCAAGCCAUUGGCAAACCAGUAAGAGAUCCAAAAUAUGUGGAUAUUUAUCGUGAAAAACCAAUUCGUGUUUCGGUCAAAGUAUUGGUCCCUGUCCGGGAACAUCCAAAGUUCAAUUUUGUGGGAAAACUACUGGGACCAAAAGGUAAUUCUAUGAAACGUUUACAAGAGGAAACAAUGUGCAAAAUGGCUGUAUUAGGAAGAGGAUCCAUGAAAGAUCGCCAAAAAGAAGAAGAAUAUCGCAUGUCUUUGGAUCCAAAAUACGCGCAUCUUUCAGACGACCUUCAUGUGGAAAUAACAGCGCUUGCACCUCCAGCAGAGGCUUAUGCUCGUAUUGCAUUUGCAUUAGCCGAAGUUCGGAAAUAUCUUAUUCCCGACAACAACGACAACAUACGUCAAGAACAAAUGCGCGAAAUGGAAAUGAGUAUGGCAGACGAUCCAACAAGUGCUGACGACAGAAGACCAUCCGUCAGAGGAGUACCAAGUGGUGGUGGAAUAUUAAGGCCAACCGCGAGACCAACAAUGCCUCGCUCUUCGCGAGCGGCGAUACUUCCACCACCUUCGAGCCGAGGACCAAUCUCACGUCCCGUGUCAGGAAAAAGCAAAGUGUUCUCGAUUUUAGAUCGCGCAAGAGCCGCGAUGGAUCAAAGUUAUGGCUAUGAGACUGCUACUCCACCUCCGAGUAAUCGUGUUGGCUCUCAUCAUGAUUACGAUUAUCACACAUCAGGAAGCAGUAGCAGCCGAUACGGAGACCGGCAUUACACAUCGACGUCAGGAGAUGAUAUGUAUCCUUCCUCGAGGUAUACAACAUACGAGUACGAAGAUGAUACUGUUCCGCAUUCUUCGCACAACUACUACGAAACAUCAGAAUAUCCAGCCCUAAACCGUUGACGUGUAAUCUUCCUAACACACGGCGACCUAUGAUGCCUGCGAUGCCAAAACCUAUAAGCAACCGAGAUCGUGCUUAAAUGAAAACGGAGGCACUGAGAGAUUAACGAUAUAUAAAAUUUUUGUGGCUACUGGAUAAGCAUCGGAAUACAUUGGUGAAAUUUUUUAAAGUAUUUCUGCGAUUUUAAACUGUGAUCGCAAACAAUCGCACUUAGUAUUCAGCCCGCAGAAAAUCUGGUUUUCUAUGAAAGUACUAAAAAACGGAAAGAGAGCGAAAAAACACGUUCCUUCGAAUCCUUUCCUUUUCUUGAAAAAAAAUGUCACGUCAGUGUGGAAGGCUAGAGGACCAAGAGGAUCAGUGGAACGAGACAAGUAAAAU